AUGCACGUAAAUCAACAAUUUCUCCGCAAACUACUCAGUAAAAUUCACGACAUUGUAAAAGCUCAAAAGAGAGCCAAAUCACAAUACAAAGCAGACAAAUAA